GAGCGAAGAGAACUCUCUCCCCGUGUGGCUUCUUCGCAGCCAUGCUCUCCCGCUUGCUGAGGGAGCACCAGGCGAAGCAGGCCGAGAGGAAAGAGCUGCAAGAACGGCGGAGGCGAGAGGCCAUCGCUGCAGCCACUUGCUUAACCGAAGCCCUGGUUGACCACUUGAAUGUUGGGGUGGCGCAGGCCUAUGUGAACCAAAGGAAGCUCGACCACGAAGUGAAGACAUUGCAGAUCCAGGCUGCCCAGUUUGCCAAACAGACCGGCCAGUGGAUCAGCAUGGUGGAAAACUUCAAUCAGGCUCUGAAGGAGAUUGGCGAUGUGGAAAACUGGGCACGUAGCAUUGAGAUGGACAUGCGGACCAUUGCCACGGCCCUAGAGUACGUUUACAAAGGGCAGCUGCAGCCAUCCACCUCCUGAAAUGGACACCUUUCCUCCUCGGACCCCCUUCCCUCGCUCCAUGCAGCCAUCAGCGUGGGGGCACAAGUAAAGAAAUGGCAAAUCCCUUGUCUGCCAGCCCUUAUUAAAUGGUCAGCGGCUGCCUUUUUGCAGCAGCGGGCAAGAUCUGCCCUUGCCCCCGCCCAGCGACUGAAAGGCACGUUGGCCUGUGUGUGUCACUGCUGAAUGAGAGGUAGUGGUAUCUUGCGCUGGGGAAUUAAAAACAAACCAGUAUUGAUUCAGGAGAAACACAGCAUGCACACAAUGAAAGCUGGAGAAGGGGUUGUGCAGACCAGCUUUUACCUCUCGCUAGAAAGAACGGAAUAAAAACGAAUGGUUUAAACACA